UCCACAAUCAUUUCACAGCGAGAGAGCAGCGCGGCAGUGUGUCCGGGGCCACGAAGAUGAGACACGUUUGAGUCGGGAAAAAAAAAAAACGGAUGUAAAACUUGUGGACGUACUCCGAAUUUGACUUCGACAGCGAGGAUUUUGGCGACGAUGAGCGCGUGAGCUGGUUCACAGCUGAUUUAUUUUAAUACUUCCAGAAAAGAAAAAGCAACUGAUCUUUAGAGGGAAUCAACAAAAGCGGUAUGUCAUCCACUGAGGAGCCGUCCGGCACGGUCCUGCACCGGCUCAUCCAGGAGCAGCUCCGCUAUGGAAACCCUACAGACACCCGCACCUUACUAGCCAUCCAGCAGCAGGCCCUGCGAGGAGGCAGUGGCAGCAACAGUGGCCCCAGCAGUGGAGGCGACAUGAGCAGGAGCCCUCGAUCCUCCUUAGAGAGUCUCACCCAGGAGGACCCUCUGUUCCCCCAGCUCUCUGCCAGGCAGGAGCCCCAGGGCCAGGAGCACCAGGGGGACUACCACCACUCAGAAAGCGGCUACCAGCUGCACGGGGAGGCCCUGCCGACCUAUGAGCAGGCCAAGGCGCACUCUCAGUAUCUGGCCUCUCACUGGGCCCCUGCAGGCCCCAUCAGGCAGCUCCACGAGGGGAAGCUCCUGCAUGAUGGAGCCUUCCAUGAGGAGGCAGAUCUGAUGGAGAUAAAGUGCAGUCAUGUGCGGUCGCUCAGCGAGCAUCGCAUGCAGAUAUCUCUGGAGAGGCACGACGCAGCAGCUAAAGCAGAGGCCAUCAAGAUCACCUCUCACAGCUACCCUGAGCUCCCUUACUAUGCUCCACAGAACACAGGGCCAAGCAUGGACAAACGCUGCCCACCUCCAGAGUACUCAGCCCCCAUCCAGGGCCAAGGAUUUAUCCCCCACCAGGUCCAGGAGCCAGUGCAGGCUCAGCAGCACAGGUAUGUCCAGUCUGUGGAGUCAGCUGAAGUUCCCUGCUACAACACGUACAACAGUCUGCCACCUGCUGGCCUGGAGGAGCCCAACCAGGUGGAGCUGCUGCUGAUGGAGAAUGAGAGGCUGAGGCAAGAGCUGGAAUCCCACAGGGAGAAGACCAGCCGUAUUCAGAAGUUGGAGCAGGAGAUCCAGCGUAUAUCGGAGGCCUAUGAGACGCUGAUGCAGGGCAGCAGUAAGAGAGAGAACUUGGAGCAGACGCUGAGGAAGCGGAUGGUGGCUGAGAUCAGGAGGCUGCAGGAUUUCAACAGAGACCUAAGAGAAAACUUGGAGAAUGCCAGAACGCAUGUUGCAAAAGAAGUGGAGGCAGCCGACCAUAACCAGCACAUCAUGGCGAAACUCCUCGAACAAAACGAGGAGCAGAACUUCGAGCGGGAGCGUGUAGAGCGGGAGCUGCAGCGAUUGCGAGCCACGGCCGAGGAGCAGAGCAGCAGGGCGAAGCGGCUGGAGGAGGCCCUAGAGGCGGCUCGGGGACGAGGUCGCCAGCUUGAGGACGAGUUGAGGAGGAAGAAGGCCUAUGUGGAAAAGGUGGAGAGGCUUCAGAGCGCGCUGGCUCAGCUGCAGUCCACCUGCGAGAAGAGGGAGAGCCUGGAGAUGAAGCUGAGGACACGACUGGAGCAGGAGCUGAGGAGUCUGAGGGCACAGCAGAGGCAGUCUCAGCCUCCAGGAGUGACCAUGUGCUCCCUUCAAGAGCGCCUACGGGAGCGUGAGGAGCGAAUUCUGGCCCUGGAAGCAGACAUGGUGCGCUGGGAGCAGAAGUACCUCGAGGAGAGCACCAUGAGGCAGUUCGCUAUGGAGGUCGCUGCUACCGCCGCAGCCCAGAGAGACACCACCAUCAUUAACCACUCACCCUGCCACUCCUCUAACAACAGUUUCAACGAGGACCUGCCAGUUGCCGACCACAGGAACCAGGAGAUGGAAAACAGGAUCCGUGCGCUUUACGCUCAGAUCUUGGAAAAAGAUGCCGUGAUCAAGAUCCUCAACCAGCGGCUGCACCAGGAUCAAGGUCGGAAGGACGAGCAAAGUCCCCGAACAAACCUCCUGAACACAGCAGGGGCGCCUCUCCGACCCGCCUCCUCCACUCCCUCCAUCAGCGCCACCAAGAGCAACACUAAGAGUAGAGGUAAAAGUCUUUCAGAUGAUCAGACUUUGCCAAGCCAUCAGUUCUCUGUUCAGUCUGAACCUGGAACACUAGAACGGCAGGUGGAGGGACCCAAAACCAAAGAGGCUGCCAGAACUACUAAGCUCAACAGUGACAAGACAGCGCCUAAGAAGUUGCUAUUAAACCCCUUCAGAGGCCUGGAUGAGCUGGAGUCAGAGGCAGUGGAGAUCUUCAUUUAAAGAAUCGAUGGGUGGAUUCUGAAUGAGACGCAAAAGCAAUUCUGUGAAGAGUGAAAGAAGAGAGGAUGAAACAAAUAUAUUGGAUGCAAGGAUGUUGCGAAAAGAGGCCAAUGCACAAAAAAAAAGACUUCACAUUGUUGAGACAGAGCUGUGCUCUGACUCACAUACUUUCAUUAAGCUGGGCGGCUGCAGGCAGUUUGCCCGGCAGAGUGACAAAAGAUAAAUCUUCUGAGGUACUUGGACAGUAUUGUGGAUUGUAAUAGGGCAACAUGUUCUCAGAGAGUGUAUGCCAAAAUAUUUAUAUAAAUAUCUAUAUAAUUGCUGCUUUUCCCCUUUUAUUAUUAUCUAUUUUAUUCCUUUCCCCAAUCCACUGAAUUGAGAAGCUACAUAUUUAUCUUAUCUGGUUUCCACAUUCCCCAAAUAUUAACUUAAGCCUCAUGCUCCUCUAGACAAAUAUUCAUUAAGAGGUUAUCUAUGUGACCUGCAUUCCCCUCCUCUCCUGAAAAUGCAGAUUUAAUCUGAGUAAUCUCAUUCCCAUCACGUAGAUGUUGUCUGUUUGGAAGACUCCCCUUUGCUGAUUAAUUUAAGCUGAUAACACCUGAAACACUGUUGAUCUAAAUGCUCUUGCUGUUCAUAUAUCUUAAGCCUGAGUAGCUGGUUCUGCAAAGGUUCUGAGAUGUGUGAACGCUGAGCUGCAUAAUAUAUAAAAUUUGGUAAUUAUUUUUAUUUUUUUUGCCAAACUGACACAAACCUGAUGUUGUAAUUUUGGGACGGUGCAGCAUCAUGGUGUGGAUUUCAUCGUCUUUGUUUCUGACGCUUGUGUUUUCUUUUCUCAAAGUAUGUUUGCAUGUGUGGUUACAGUAUGAGUGUGUGUUCUGAUGUGGUGACUCUGCUGGUUUGGUCACCACUGAAGGGCAAAAGUUGAAAACGGCGUGUUGGGUUGUUUUUUUUGUUUACUGUGAGCUUUGAACUAACAAACAGGUUAAUUAUUAUUAUUAUUAUUAUAUUUUAUACAGAUGUUUGUAUUGUUAUUUUAGAUACAAUAGUGCUUUGAGCAGGACGCCAAAGAGUUUAUGUUUGUCUGUUGUAAGUUAUGUGCCGACAAUCACGGUCUUGUCAAGCUGUACACAACCAACCAAGUGUUGACUUCAAACGGACAUUUCUGUGAACUUUAAACAGUAUGAAGGUUUUUACAGUUGAAUUCAUGCAACAUUUCAUAAAGCAAUAAAAUACUCUAAUAUACAUUAA